AAGGGGGCAAAGGUGGAAAUAAAUCCCACUUCAAUACCAUUUGCCGUCAAGCUCCACUUCGUUGUACUUCUAUUCGCCGUUCGCAAUGGCUCUGCGGCAACAACUCAAGAAUGUGAAAACCUUAUUGCAGAAAUGUGAUGGAGGAGAAGUACCUUUGCACCAUCCCUUAUUCUACGCCGCUCAAGGUCUUCGAUACCGAAAACUACAAGUCAUUCUCACGACUAGCACAGACAAGCUUGGAAAAGCAGGGGAAACGGUGAAAGUAGCACCUGGGUAUUUUCGCAACCAUCUUAUGCCCAAAUUGCUGGCUGUACCCAAUAUUGACAAGUACAGGCAUCUCAUGGAAGAUCAGCGAAAGCUUUACCAACGUGAGGAAGUUGAAGAGGUUAAAAUAGUUCCAGCAACCAAGGAAGAUAAGAUGAAAGAAUACCAUAUGGCAGCAAACCGUCUGGAUAGAACUAAGUUGGUUCUUAGAAAACUCGCAAAGAAACCAUUGGCGAAAGAUGACAGUGGUAGGACUUUCAUUCAGGAACCUGUUGGAAAAGAUGAAAUUGUGGCUGAGGUGUCAAGACAGCUCUCUGUUCAUAUUGAACCGGAACAUUUGGUUCUGGAUACACCUUUGCAUGUGAUGGGUGAGUUUGAAAUACCACUGCGGAUGCCGAGGUCCAUUCCUUUGCCAGAGGGUAAGGUUCAAUGGAUUCUGCAAGUGAAAAUUAGGGGCAGAUGAAACGAACACUUCCAACAUCUUAUAAUACAAAGUAUCUGUGACAGAAGUUUAAAUGAUCUCUGCUUUCGAAUGUGAUGAUGGUCUAAGCUUUAUUGUUCAUCUGUAGUUUUAGCAUAGAUGGUUGUCUUUUGGCAGAAAAAGAUAGCAUUUUGUUCAGUUUUUUGGACUUUUGGAAUAACCUCCUGGAAAUUUUUGGGAUGAUAUUAGAUUUUUAUCACAAUUUGAUGGUCAUUUGGACUGUUUUCCCUUUCCUUUAAUCUGUGUAUUAUCAGCAGUGCCACAGCUUUGAUCAGUGUAAUUGUGGCGCAUAUAUGGAUUAAUUAAAAGCAUGUUAAAUGCAUAGGAUUUAUCAUCA